AUGUACGGCGGCCCACACCAGUCAUCCUCCAACACAGCCUACACCAGUCAUCCUCCAACACAGCGGGGCACCAGUCAUCCUCCAACACAGCCCACACCAGUCAUCCUCCAACACAGCCCACACCAGUCAUCCCCCAACACAGCGGGGCACCAGUCAUCCUCCAACACAGCCCACACCAGUCAUCCUCCAACACAGCGGGGCACCAGUCAUCCUCCAACACAGCCCACACCAGUCAUCCUCCAACACAGCCCACACCAGUCAUCCUCCAAUAAAGCCCACACCAGUCAUCCUCCAACACAGCGGGGCACCCAGGCCAUCCUCCAACACAGCCCACACCUGGUCAUCCUCCCAACACAGCCCACACCAGUCAUCCCCAACACAGCGGGGGCACCAGCUGACCUCCACAGCCUUACAGCCUGUGAGGUGUAA